AAAUAAGUAAAUCAAUAACAAAAUAGCAAGCACUGAUCACUAUAUAAAUUUGCUGCUGAAGCCAACCGGCAGCAGAUUCAGCAACAGCAGAAUCAGAAGCAACUACUUUUACCCUGAGGAUUAUUCUUACCUAUCUCGAUAUUAUAACGUAUCGUGUUGUGGUGUUUGUCAGCCGGUAAAACGUCAAACAUUAUCGCACCAUGUCUGCCAAGCUUUUGAAAGUUAAAUCUCCCAAUGUCAAAUAUACAGAUGAAUAUAUUGAAGCAGAAUAUGAUUAUUCGACCACAAAAGUUACUGAUGAUGGGGAUUUUCUCAUCGCCGAACCAGUAACAACUAAAUACACUUUUCGAACCGAGAGGAAAGUUCCUCGUCUUGGUGUGAUGCUGGUGGGCAUCGGAGGCAACAAUGGUUCCACCUUGGCGGCAACGUUGAUAGCAAAUAAAUGCGGGAUGAAAUGGCCAACUAAGAAAGGGAUACAAGAAGCCAACUUUUAUGGAUCAAUCACCCAAUCUAGUACAGUAUGUCUGGGGAACAGUCCUAGAGGAGAAGAAGUUUUUGUACCUUUAAAUUAUCUACUACCCAUGGUAAAACCCGAGAAUAUCAUUUUGGAUGGUUGGGAUAUCUCAUCUGCCAACGUAGCUGAUGCAAUGGAGAGAGCUCAAGUUCUAGAUUACAAUUUACAGGUACAAGUGAGACCGUAUCUUGAAGGGAUUCGUCCGAGACCUUCUGUUUACAUGCCUGACUUCAUAGCAGCUAACCAAGCAGCACGGGCCAAUAAUGUAUUAUCUGGUACAAAGCAAGAAAUGUUGGAACAACUACGGAAAGAUAUUCGUUCCUUUAAAGAAAAUAACGCUAUUGAUAAGGUUAUUGUUCUCUGGACAGCUAACACUGAAAGGUUUUGUGAUGUUCGUCAUGGACUAAAUGACACUGCAGAUGCCCUAAUAAAGAGCAUCCGUAACAAUGAAAGUGAAGUGUCACCAUCCACAUUGUUUGCUGUUGCCAGUAUUUUGGAAGGAGUAAGUUUCUUUUUUUUGGGGUUUUUUUUUUUUGUUACUCUCUUUAAAAUUGAUAACUACAUAUCUCCUCUACAAGACACCUGUGCUUGUCCUAUCAUACCUUACCUUCUCAACACCUGGCAUAAAGCCACCUCCCCACGAUCAAAAGAGGUAUCUAAAAGUAAUGUGGUUGAUGAUAUGGUGAAAUCUAAUCCAAUUUUGUACAAGGGCAAGGACUCUCCUGAUCAUACAGUUGUGAUCAAAUAUGUACCUUAUGUGGGAGACAGUAAACGAGCAAUGGAUGAGUACACCUCAGAAAUUAUGAUGGGUGGUCUCAAUACUUUAGUUAUACACAACACCUGCGAAGAUUCUCUAUUGGCCACCCCUCUUAUCCUUGAUUUGGUUAUUAUUUCAGAACUUUGCGAGCGUAUUCAAUUCCGAGUUGCUGAUGAACCAAACUUCCAAAGUUUCAAUUCAAUCCUUUCUAUUCUGAGCUAUUUGUGCAAAGCACCACUAGUACCCAAGAAUACACCACUUGUUAAUUCUUUAUUCCGUCAGAGAGCCUGUAUUGAAAAUGUCUUCAGAGCUUGCAUAGGUCUUGCCCCUCUUAACAAUAUGAUGCUGGAAUAUAAGCACCAGAAUAUAUUUUUUGAAGAAUAUUGCAAAGAGUUUUCAACCAAAGAGAAAAGAGACCAUUCCUUUAUAAAUGGUUGUUGAAAAAGAGACUAUGAUACUGAUUUUGUACUCUAAUUUUAGAGUUCUUCAUUCAUGUGCCUCUGCAAAUGACGUGUGGAAAUGUUUCUAUCAUAAUUUUGUAUUGACAUUAUUUUAUUUAUGUGUUAGCUAUUUUCAAAAUGAAUUUCUUUGUUUAUCAAUUUGUCACUUUCAUACAUGUAACUGGCUGAUACUAUCCACUCUUUGUAGUUCAUUAGCUUCUCCUAGACGUAGAUUGCAUGAGGCAGUCCUUGUACAGUUUCCUUGUGAAUAACUGUUUCAAUUAAUGACAAUCUAUAUAAUAACUAUGCAUUUAAUAAGUCACUAAGUUAUAGUCUGGUGAAGAUAGCCUAAUGUCAUGCAUCAUUGUAUCAGAUUUGGUAAAUAAAAAAAUUUAUUCCUGUA